UUUAUGGUCAGAAUUCUUAUGAAUUAAAGCCAGUACAGAUUUCUGAGUCUACAACUAUUUUGCUUUUAGAAAGAGAAAGCGACCAUGGCAUCUAAGUGUCCCAAAUGCGAGAAGACAGUGUACUUCGCUGAAAAGGUGACCUCCUUGGGGAAGGACUGGCACAAGUUUUGUCUGAAAUGUGAACGCUGCAGCAAGACCCUAACAUCGGGAGGCCAUGCUGAGCAUGAUGGGAAGCCUUACUGCCACAAGCCGUGCUAUGCUGCCCUCUUCGGGCCAAAAGGUGUGAACAUUGGAGGAGCAGGCUCUUAUGUGUAUGAAGCACCAGUCAAUGCAAACGAAGGCCCGACCACUGUGGACUCUGCACUCAAUGUUGAAGAGAAGAGGGUCCCAGCAUUCAGCAAACCCCCUUCCAAAGCUGGAAACUUUACCACCUUUUCUGGAGAGGCCAACAUGUGCCCUAGGUGUAACAAAAGGGUCUAUUUUGCUGAGAAGGUGACAUCUCUGGGGAAAGAUUGGCAUCGACCCUGUCUUCGCUGUGAGAGGUGCAGCAAGACCCUCUCAGCAGGCAGUCAUGCAGAGCAUGAUGGCCAGCCUUACUGCCAUAAACCGUGCUAUGCUGUGCUCUUUGGACCAAAAGGAGUAAAUACAGGUGGUGUUGGCAGCUACGUUUAUGACAAGGAGGUCAACAAUGAGACCCAGCCAUGAGCUCGCACGAGCAAUGCAUCACCAUACUACUCACUACCCUCAUCAUAUGCUCUCACACACAUCAUUCCCCACAUAUUCAAGCUUCCAGCUGUGUGUACAGAGGGCAAUGCUACGAUGACGUUCCUUUAACAACCUAAUGCCAUAUACAUCACCCUUUAAGCCUUUAAGCUGUGGUCCCACCAGGUUUUUGUAUGCAAAUUCAUUCAUUUUAAUGCAAGGCAGCCAGUAGUUUUGCAUUCCAGACUUCAAAUGCAAAUAAAUGUUCCAGCAGCAUGCAACAUUCAAAUGUUUUGAACUUAAACCAAUGAAUUUGCGUCAUUGACCAAUAGCAGAAACAACAUUUCUAAAUUGACCUUUGUAGGGCGGACCUUUUCACUUCAAAAGUAAAAUGUUGUCUAUUUUGAUGAUCAUCCUUACAAAGGGCACUUUGAUGUGAGGCCGCCCUACAUGUAGUAGAUGCUAUUACCCAAAGUGAUCUCCAGUUGGGACUGUAUACAAUCUAAGCAGUUGAGGGUUAAGGGUUUUGCUCAAGGGCCCAACGGUGUUAACCUGAACCAGUGACCUUCUGAUUACCAUUCCAGUACAGGAAAGCUAUGACUUCCCAUGACUGUAUACGACUAGGCAGUUAAGCUAACAAGCUAAAAUAUUGAGUUUAAUGUCAAAUUGUCUUUACCUUUUAAACAUUCUAAGUAGACUGAACUUGCUUAUAAGGGAAGGUUGAUACUGAUAGUGUUUAAUGAGUUUGAGAGACCACUUAAGUUGUUAGUCUGACCACCAUGUUCCAAUAAUUUGUACCAGUAAUUUAUGUAAAGCUUUAAAUUCCUUUUAUAUGUCUAUAUAUGUUUUGUUUUCCUUUGGGGAGGGAAUUGCCGAAUAAUUCAGCAAACAGCUGCAAACAGACUUUAAUGCUGAGUGAAACGUAGAUCAAAGUUCAAAGAGUUUUAUAACUGCAGGAUCUGGAUUCUAACAACCUGCUGACUGCAAGAUUGGUUAUACCCCUUAGCUGCUUUACCCAGGUGCAGUGUUAAAGCAAGUCCAUAAAUCUACAAAGUAUUCCAAGGCCCAAGUUUGGCUGCCUUACAGCAUUCCUAAGUCAACAUAUACAGUGGAUAUAAACACACACCCCUGUUAGUUUGUGAAAAUCAGACAAAAAUAAAUCAUUUCAGCACAUUUUCCACCUUUAAUGUGACCUUUAAUGCCUUACUGUGGUUAUGGUGUUCUUUCAGUGAUGCAUCAUAACACCAUCAGACCGUAACACAUUUUCCCACAUGAUUUUGGCAGACUUGAUGUAGGUUUUUGCAACAUGUAGCCGGGCUUGGGUGUUUUCUUGCCACCCUACCCCACAGCCCAGAAAUAUGAACAGUGUGAGAGAUUGUUAUCACAUGUAGUACUCAAACAGUACUUGCCAGAAAUUCCUGCAUCUCCUUUAAUGAUGCUGUCGGCCUCUUGGCAGUCUCCCAGACCAGUUUUCUGCUUGUCUUUUUAUCAAUAUUGGAUGGACGUCCAGUUCUUGUUCAGUGUUGUUUCAUAUUUUAGCCACUUGUUGAUGUAAUGACUUCAUAAUUUGUAGGCUCUUUACGCACCAUGGCUUUUGCUAUACAAUGCAACCAAGUAAAUGUCAGAAUCCUACUAGAAGAGCUGAACUUUAUAUGGGUUUAAUCAGAGUCACUCUAACUGAUGGCAGGUGUCACUGACUACUAUUUAACAUGAGUCUGAAUGUGAUUGGUUCAUUUUAAUUAUAAUAGGGUGUGUACACUUUAUUUUAGUUUUUAUUUUUAUAUUUCCUCUCUAAAUGAUUUCAGUUUGCCUCUUAAUUAUUGCACAGAUUAUGGGUCACAUUAACAGUGAAAAUAAAAUGUUUUAUCUUGUCUGAUUUUUUACAUCACAAAAACCUGGCAUUUCAACAGGGGUGUGUAGACUUUAAAUACACUGUAUUACAUUACCAGCAUUAAAAUGAAGGGAAAAUAUUAUUUUAAUUAAAGGAACAAGUAAGAUCUGAUAGAUGGCAGAGAAAGCUUGCCUGGCAUUGUAAUUAAGUAGCUUAAGUAGUAUUCAUUUAACAGAUUCUGAGGGUAGUCUUGAAGACAAAAUGUAUUAAUAAGCUGAUUAAUGUAUUAUGGGAGGUUUAAAUAAAAGAGAAUUAGCAGCAUGCUGUAGGCAUUAAUAGGGAAUAGCUGAUAGCUUAAAUGACAAUGCAUUGUUAUGGAAUGUGCCUAAUGAUUUAUUGCCACAUUGUUGAUUUAUUUCUUGUAGUUAAUAAGAUAUUUCAAUGAUAUUUCAGUAAGUUGUGUUGUUUCCUUUUUUAAAUAGCAAUAAAUGUAUUAAAUAUUUCCUUCUUCUG